UUGAAUCGUUCCCGGACCGCCCAUCAACGCCAGCGGCUCCCGUCAGCGCUGCUGGAGUCCGACACUGAGAAGUGAGCUGGGGGAGCUUUAUAACAGCGCGCGGGCUGAUAGGACAUUAAUAGAGAACAGCUGCGUCAUGUGGCAUGGGGGGUAACUGAACGUAUGUCGAUGUCACCGUCAUUUUUGUGGGUAGCUAGCCAGAGAUGUUAGGGUGACAGGCAGCUCAACCCGGAGCCGACCGCGGCCCUCCUGCUUUUACUGCUAGCUCCAUGACUGACAGCCUGUCACCUACCAAGGAGCCUCACUCGGAAGUGGACUGUUGUCACUGUGUGUGUGCCUAAGGUGAGCUGAGAGUCGGACUGCCAGCAGCUCUCAGUCAUGGAUGUUCGUGUCAGAGGAAUCCCGAUGAGGUCCAGGGCGUCCGUCCGGAGAGAGACGGUGCGUGACUCUGGGGCUCAGUCUGCAAAGAGCCUCUUCAGGAGCAAAAAGGAGCUCUGCAACGUUUGCCUGGAGCUGCCGACAAGAGACACGACAAGGCUUACAGAGAUUCACUUUGUGUGUCUGCCCGGACAAUGUGAAGGGGACGAUUUCACCCAGCAGGCCCUAUCAACCCUGCCUGGGGGACUGUGCGAGCUUCUCAGGUCUCUCCACACACACAGCCUCAAAAACGACGAGGUUCUGCUGCUCAAAGACUCCCGCAGGCUGGCCGAUCACAGGGACGUGGGGCCUCAGUGUUGGCUGAAGGCUGUGUGUGUCCUGAGGCAGAAUCCCUGCACAGGCGUGUACCCCCAGGCCAGUGUAGCGUCUUUGGUGGGCUUUCUGGGAUGCUACGUAGCGGGGGUCCGUUAUGUGCUCGAGCUCCAGGGUCUUCAGAGGGGUCUCAAUGAGCCGAGCCAACCAGAAGAAGAUGACACCAACCAGUCGGUCUCGUCAAUCGAAGAUGAUUUCGUCACAGCACUGGAGCAUCUUGAGGAGGAGGACACCAGAGACAAUCCCUCUGCAGCUGUGUUUUGCCAUUUUAAGAAGCGUGAUGCGGCCUCACAGACAGUCCCAGCCCACAAGAGAAAGAAGGAAUUGUCAGGCUCCCGUGUCAUCAUAAGUUCAUCUUCCAAGAAACAUUCAGCCAAGCAUGGAUCUGGUCCUGAUGUUUCUGUCACAGUGCAGCGGUUGUCGUCGGGUGUUGAAUCGCAGUGGACUUACUGCAGUCCUGGAGCUCGUCCGCCCUCCCCUUCAACUCAUAUUAGCGAAUCAGAGGAGUCUGACUGCUCCAGCCCCAGCCCCAUCAUUUUCCUGGAUGAAGUGGGCUACCAGAAAAGCCUGCUGGCUAAGCUGGACAUCCCCCAGGUGCCAGGGGGACCCAGGGAAAGAGUUGAAGACUCGGACUCUGAAGUUAGCGAAUUCUUUGACAGCUUUGACCAGUUUGAUGACCUAGAGGAGCUAAGCUCAGAGAGCUGCACUCUCACUCUGCCUCUGGACUCUAUCUGUUCCUCAGCUGCACAGAAAAAGUCUGAGGCUGGUUCCAGUGGCCCCACAUCCAAGUACGUCUCCAGGGGUUGCUCAACCAAGAGCAUGAACCUUCAGCGCUUUGACCAGCCCACUCUCCCAGCCAAUGUGAAGAAGCCUACUCCUCUGAAACCAGGUUCUCCUUACUCAGUCCACUCUGACAUGCCCGACUCCUCUUGGCUGGCGCAGACCCCCUCAGAGGAAAAUGGAGGACCUCUCUUCAGUCCUGUCAGCUCUUCAGCCUUUAGUCCUUUGGUAGAACCUAGUGGAUCACUGGAAUACUUCUGGAAGACAGAGGAGACGGGGGAGGACAAGUCAGAGUUACGUAAACCGCGGGACCUCUGCUCCCUGUAUAAGACCUACUCAGACUUUGCCAACAAUCUGUCCAAAGAAAUCCUCGGAUCCGUGUGUGGCGUCCAGUCUGCUGUUGACAUUAGCGACAACAAGAAUCUCAGCUGUGUCUGCCACAAAGAGUUCAAGAACCCGUCGGGCUAUCUAAUGAAACUGUCUGACAUUCAAGAGACGGUCACAGUAGCCAAGCUGCAGAAAAGGUCCCAGUCUCUGAAGGAUGGCAUUCAGAGGUUUGCUUCUGACCUGGUGGAGAUGAGCCUGGGGAGCGCCCUGCGAGACCUUCAAAAAGGUGUAUCCUCCUGUACCACCACCUUAUGCCACCUGGCUGCUAGACUCACCUCCUCCGUGUUUCAGAUGGCCUUCCAUGAAAUUGGCAUGCGACGUGCCUAUGUCUUGAAGGAGCGCGCCAUCAACGGAUUGGCUGGUUUCCUUGUAGGCGAGGCCGUUUCUGGGGCCCUCAAAGAGUUCCUUGUUGUAAAAAAGCAGAUUUUUCACAACACCGUGACACAGUUUGCUGCAGAUCUGGCAGAGGAGCUGGUGUUUGAAGGCAUAAUGGAAGUGUGUCAGUUUUCCCACCCUUCAACUCCUAUCACACCCAGUGAUUGGGCUUUUGGCCAUGGGCACGUGGAAGAGGAAGAAGAAGAGGAGGAGGAGGAGGAGGUGGUGUCCUCCUAUGCUUCGGAUUUGUCAGAGUCUGUGAUUCAGGAGGCUUUCAUAGAGCUUUCUCAGGCUGACGUUGCCUUUACAAGCCAAGCAGCUAUCAGCGUAUCUUUGGAUAACAUCUGUUACGUAAACGCUGAGAACACUAGCACCCAUACCAGCAGUAGCUUUGCUAACAAGCAGGUUUGCAGUGCCUGCUCAACGUCAGCAGCCACAGGGGCCUCAGGAGAGGAGGCUUCGUGCACAGUGAAGAAUGCUCUCUUCACCGUCUCCGGAAUGGCCAGCUGUAUUCCUGUUCCCCAUGCUGGCCACGCCCUUUCCAGCUUUCAAGACCCAGAAGAGGCUUCUCAGUAUAGGUCUAGCCUGCUAGAUAGCCCAAAGGCCAGCCCCAAAAGGUCAGCUUUAACAUCCACUGACUGUACCUCCUCUAAAGAUCUUGCCGCUUACCAUCAUGACACGCAGACCUCCAUGCCUGUGGAAGGCUCCUCCCAACAAAGAUUAUUCCAAACCUUCUCUGGCAACAUGGUGGGUAUGAUUGUAACUGAGGCCUGUGAGCUUAUUACCACUUCUAAAAUGAAGAAGAGUUUUGGUGACUGCGCUGAUUUCCUUACUAAGACCAUCGGGAGCCGAAGGAACUCCUCCUCAAAGCAGGAGACUCCAGAUUCACCUUCAAAGGACGGGGCAGAUGGAGAGCACUUCAGAUACGACGGGUGUGUCCGACAGGCGGGGGCUAUUGAUUUUGUUCCUCCUGUUUCCUCUCCAGCUGGUUCCUCCAACCUGGGAAGAGUCCCGUUUGAGCCGGAUCCCAGGGGGAGAGGGGUGGAUCAAACACAUCCUGUAAUGAUGGAUACACUCGAUGUGCCGAGCGCAGCUCUGGUUGGCCGGGGCCGGAUACCCGCUCCUGUGGAUGACCCAGUUCCCAGCUCUGGCCAGAGGUCUGCGGGGAGUGCUGGUACCCCUCCCUCCACACCUCAGCAACCCAGCGAAGUUUCCAAAGAGAAGCAGAUAAAGCAGUUUUCCAAGAAGCUAAAAAGCAAGCUUGCCAAUGAGUUUUCUCCUGCGACUCCACCCCCAACCCCUCACUAUCAGCCUGAACCCGGCCCUGGCCCCGAUGAUGCUGCUGGCAAUGCGGACAAGGCCGAAUUUAUGCUCAGCCUCAUGAGGUCUCUCUCCGAGGAGGCCGUUGGGGAUGAAGAUAUUGAAGAGGAAGAACCAGUUGAAGAAGGAGGUUUUGGUGUAGCCAAGCGAAGUGUAGAGGCAGACUGUGGGCGACAAGACCUCAGUCAGGUGUCAUCCCAUAGGGUGUCUAACAAGGAAGCUCUCCACUACGCCGAGCGUUUAGCGUGUCACAUAGUUUCCAUGGUAACUGAGAUGGAUACAAUAGGAGUGCCGGAGGAAGAGGGGGACCUGAGCAAAAGCGGUGAGAGGAGGAGCGACAGCGUGGCUCAGUUCUCAGAGCAGACCCUGAACACGUUGUGGGUGUACGCGGGCGAGGUGGCAGGACAGGUCAUAAAUGAUGUGAGGACGAUGGUGAGCUCCGGACAACAGUGUCCCUACCACAGAGCUCAGGAGCACCGGAGAAGAAGCUUCGACAGAUCCAGCUCUGAAGUAUGGCGUCCCCGCCACCGCCACCAGUCCCAGCCCAGUACAGAGCAGAACCGAAACUCAAGGUUAGCAAAGCUUGCAGAGCAGUGGUCCAAUGACCUGAUAGCCACAGUUUCUCAAUCUACCCGUUCCCCUGCAAGUACUUGCUCCAGUUCUGGCCUGUCCUCUGAGUACCCCAGCUGUGAGAGUGUGACAGAUGAAUAUGCGGGCUACCUCAUUAGAGUGCUGAAAAAGGAAGGCGGCAGCAGGGAGUUGGUCCUAGACCAGUUUGCAAGCCGUCUGGCGUACCGCUCUAUUAAAUUAGGCCUGGCUCAUGCUAGUCGUAAGAACAAGCAAAGGUCCUCCAGCAGCCGCCUUCUCUCCUCCAAGUCCCUGCCAGAUGAGUGGAAAGCUUCAGGCCAUGAAACUUUAUCCCAACACAGAUCCGAAUCCGUGGGGUUGGUGUCAGGUGAGGACACGCGGUGUGGUUGCAGGGUCUCUGAUAAGCCAAGCAAGAGGGAAUACGUGGAUCUGGUCAACUUUGCAGAGUCUUUAGCUUACAACAUCACCUGUGAUGUCACACGCAAACUUCAUCUUUCUUCAGUUCGCCUUCCUAAGUCUCUCACUGACUCUUGUCUUUAUAAGAAGUCCAAACUUGAAGAUAUGGCUGAUAACAUCAUCAGGAACUCUUUCUCCUGCCCUCUGUUAUCUAGGGAGGAUAGAACUAGACAUUACCACAGCACAGGAAGUCUGUAUGACAGGGGCUACAGCAGCAGGGUCAUGCAGGUCAUUGAGCAUUACGCCAGGAAGAUCGUUGAUGACACAGUCAAAAUGAGCCUGGCUUCAGUCGGACAUUCGUCCUGGGAACAUUUGCGAACUCCUGGCCAUGAUCGGCACUCUCACACUCAGAGACUGUCUGAGGGUUCGGCAGCGGUCCAGUCUCUAGGAGAGAGGACCUGCCGUUACUGUCUGUCUCAGGAAUGUCCUGACUGCACAAAAGUCGGCAGACACCACUACCAGCCUGUCUUACAGAGAAGGAUAAGAGCAUCAGAAAGUCAUCCGGCAUCGGAACGGCUCUCUGGUGUGGAAAUUCCCAGGAUCCACAUCGACCUGGACCACAGGGCAGCAUUCGCAGAGGAAGUUGUAUCUCUGGCAAUGGAGACGGCUAAACGUGAGCUGAGUAACACCAGCCUUAAUGCAGACAGCGGGAUCGGCCAUGAUGGCACCAGCUAUGCUGAGAGCCUAACAGCAGAGAUCAUGACGUCAGCGCUAUCUAACAUCGGCCCGGCUGCCAACAUCAGUUGUCCAGGUCGGGAACCAACUGAGUCCUCAGUGUCCCAGCAGCUGAGUGUGGGCGAAGACAGUCUGGGCAGCUGGUCUAACCUGAGCUUUGAGGAUGAUCACCCAGACGACAACAGCAGCUUCCUCCACCUCAGCGACAGCAGCAAUGGGAACAGCAGCAGCUGGAGCAGUCUGGGCCUGGAGGGGGAGGCGUGUGAGGAGCGCAUGUCGUUCUCCCCAUCUGACAGUGAUAAUACAGAAGACAAGGAGACAGAAGUCAAGGAAGAUUCCAGUGGGACGCUGUGUGCCAACAGGACUCAGCCACAGACUCCCAGGACCACGCUGCUCGUAGUGAACUCCGAUUUCAGGGAGCUCGGGCGCGGCCUCCAACACACGACCCUGGACCCGCAGGUCAGGAGCAUGCUGCAGUGGGCAGCGGCGUCCGUGGUCGACGUCCCUCAGAUCCAGCUGAAUGUUGACAGAGAGCUGCAGCAGCUGCCGGCGGUGGUGCAGAAGCUCCGAGAGAGAAGGUGGAAGGUGGCAGAUCUGCUGCACAUGCUGCUGCGCUACCAGGAGGAGAAGUUCAGUCACCCCCCACCCGGGGGCACGGUGGCAGCCAGAGAAAGCCAGCACACCUCCCUCUUCCAGUGGCUGCUGGAACACGCUUAAAACAUCUUUAGUCCGCUACUUUCCUUUUUCCUUUUUAAAGACAGGCCUUGUAGGAUCUCCUCAGCCACCAGAGGGCGCCACAGAAACUGUCUCAUCUGUUAAACUUCCUCUCAUGGAUGUGGGCGGCGUGCGCCGUGCACUGCAUGCAGUUACAAAGAGCUCAUUGAGUUGCAUUAUGUUUUCCUUUCCACCUUCCUUUGUGUGGCUGCAGAUUCACUCUUUAUCCGGACGCUUCUAUCCCAGGUCAGAUGAGAGAGCCGUCUCCUGAGCUCGCCCGCCCACGCCGCCUAGCCUCCCUCUCUGCUUGAGCUGGUGGAAGAGUCAGAGACCCACCCCAUUUGUUUCCAGACAGACGCGCACACACGAAUCGAGCUGGGAGAAAGAAAAUGCGUUGUUUUUUUUGUUUUUUUUCCCUGACAGGGAAUCCCCACAGCUGCUCUGCAGAUGAUGUCAUCACAUCCACUGCUCACCUCCGUGGUGUUUCCACAUGUUCAGAGACCAACUGUGCGCCCAAAUACACGCCCCCCCCCCCGCCCCCACACACACACACACUCACCACACCCGUUUAUUAUCAAACCCGAAUCAAAAGAGCAAUCCCCCCGGUAGUAUUCCAUGAUUUCAUUUACAUCCUCAAACAUCCUGUCCUUCAGUGAAGUUUCAGUGGAGAACUAGUACUCUUCGUCACAAUUCAUCAAAGUGCUGCCAAACGUACAGAAAUAUAAGCUGUCUAAAGGUGUAAGAGCCCCUUUUCUGCUAUACUGUCACUUUGCGUCGAUAUAACAAGCCAUAAGCGUGGCUUCAGAGACGAGCCUAAUGAAGGAGUAUUUCUGUUUAAACUGUUCGCUUAAUUAAAAUGUCCUCAGUUAUCAAACUUAGCAAGAUAUCCAGAAUGGAUAGUGUUUAUUAAAGUUAGUUGUUUAAUAUAUAUAUUAAAAAAAAAAUCAUAUAUUUUUUACACAAAGUCAACAAACAUGACAUGCUGCUCAAACUGUCUCACUGCUGGUGUGAAGCUGCCAGAUGCAGCCAAUGGGGUGACGGCUCCGGUCCAGUCAGUAGUAGCUGGUCGGCUCGCUAGUCAUCUGUGGCCGUUAGUGACGGUGGGCAGGUUCAGUUCGGGGAAGCUCCAGUGAUGCAGACGCUAAUUAUAGAUGCGGCUCUGCGUCUCCAGCCCACAGACCGGCGGCAUGCGCAUAGCUAAAGCCAGGACUCACACACACACUGUGUCACACACACUCUGUGUCACCCACGCUCCUCAGUCACCUUCAGGAGUGUGAAGGCCCUCGUUCCUCACCGCCGCGCGUACACGCCACCACCAGAGAUGCACUUUCUGUUUGGAGCUGAACCCGGUGCUGCCCACCCCUGCCAGUUCACACUCCACCCCUCAUUGUCUGUAAAGACAAUGUUCCCCCACCUCCUAUAUAUUAAAUACAUAUUGAAUGGGAUAUGUUUGUAUUUAUUUAUUGUUUUGAUAUGAGGGACCCAAGGGUGACGUCUAUGCUGCGAGGUUCUGGGUCUUAGACACUGUAAUAUACCAGGACCUCACAUGUUAUACAUAUUAUUAACUCAAGUGUUGGUGGUGGUGUUUGCCUGCAUGGCUCGAUCACACUUCUUCCUUCUGCCUACGAAGCUGCAGUGUUGCGUCUGUGUUCACGAUGCAGGCCUCGGAUGCCUUGGUUUGUUCCUGCUUCAACUCUUUGCUGCCAAAUUGUCCCAGAAUCCUGAAAGUGUUGGUUCUGUUGGAUUUGUUUGCACAGAAAAAAAAAAAAAAACAUUCAUGAAAAAUGUCCAGAAGUGAUGAUUCCUAAAAAGAAAACCCUUGCAGGAAUGAAGCAACUUUGAAGUAUUACCCUGCGUGGUGUGAGAGUUGGUUGGUUUACAAUAAAAGGAAUGUAUUCAGGAGACACAGACGUCCUCCUGGUGUGUUUAGUCGGGACCUCGCCAGGCUUUCAUCCAGCAACUUUCUGAAUUUCUUUUAAUAACAUUCCCCAGAUGACCUCUAUGGCGUUGUUGUUGUGUUUGUGAACGCUGAAUGUGUUAUGAACCUGCCAGGACAUGACCUGCCGUUUAGAGGCUGAUUUACUGUAAAUCCGUUUUUGCUACAGUUGCUUCUUGUGUUGUUUCCCCGCUUCCCACCAACCACAUCAUAGAAAGAUACAGAAAAAAAAAAGAAAGAAAAUGACUUCAACUCAGCAUCUUCCUGCUUCCUUCUGAAUACCCUGCCAAAUGAAGAUAUUUAAUAGUUUAUGUUAAAUGAUAUAACAGUGAAUUUGUUCUCCUUAGUGACAUUGCUGACUAGUUUUCACGUUCUAAGCCUGAACUCCAACUUUGUUUAUGUUAAAGCUUGUUGUGACAAUAAAGCUUUUUAUGUGCUAAAA